CCAUCCUCUUCUCUCUGCAGCUACAGACCAGCCCGGAUGGCAUUGCUGGGGGGAUACUGUGAGGCCAACAGCUCCAUGGCACAGGCCUGGGUGCAGCAGGGUUUCCAGCCCUGCUUCUUCUUCACGCUGGUGCCGGUCGUGCUGCUGAGUGUCUGCCUGCUGCUGGGUGCCCUGCAGUACGCCUGCUACGUCCGCUUUGGCCGUGCCAUGGAGCCCAAGUACAUCCCUCGCUCACAUCUUUACCGCACCCAGGUCAUGCUGUCCCUGCUGCUGGCCCUGCUGCCCCUCGGUGGGCUUCUUUGGCAGCUGGGGGGCCCAGGAAGGCUCUAUGGGUACAUGGUGCUGUAUGCCUGCCUCUGGGCUGUUUCCUGGGGCUGCGCCGUCACCCUCCUGCAGCUAGAACACACGCGGGUGCUGGCACAUGACCGCACACGGGGCCACGGCACUGUCCUCCUCCUCUUCUGGGCACUGGCCUUUGCUGCUGAGAACCUGACGCUGGUGUGCUGGAGGAGCCCGUUGUGGUGGUGGGCGCUGCAGAACACCGACCAGAAGGUGCAGUUCAGCCUCUGGCUGCUGCGCUAUGUCUGCACCUUCACACUCUUCAUCCUGGGCAUGAAAGCGCCUGGGCUGCCCCGCAAACCCUACAUGCUGCUGGUCAACGAGGAGGAACGGGAUGUGGAGAACAGCCAGCCACUGCUGCAGGAUGCAGGCAGGACCAGCUCUACCUGGAAGGAUUUCCGGAGGAAGUUGCGCCUGCUGGUACCAUACAUGUGGCCGAAGGGCAACCGCCUGCUGCAGGGGCUGGUGCUGUUCUGCAUGGCGCUCAUGGGGCUGGAGCGAGCUAUCAACGUCUUUGUCCCCAUCUACUACAAGAACAUUGUGAACGAGCUGACCGAGGGUGCUCCCUGGCACACCCUGGCCUGGACCGUUUGCAUCUAUGUGGGGCUGAAGCUCCUGCAGGGCGGAGGUGCUGGCUCCACGGGCUUCAUCAGCAACCUGCGCACCUUCCUGUGGGUGUGGGUGCAGCAGUUCACCAACCGGCAGGUGCAGGUGCAGCUCUUCGCACACCUGCACGGCCUGUCCCUGCGCUGGCACCUGGGCCGCCGCACCGGUGAGGUGCUGCGCAGCGUGGACCGGGGCACCAGCAGCAUCAACAGCCUGCUCAGCUACAUCGUCUUCAGCAUCGUCCCCACCAUCGCGGACAUCAUCAUCGGCAUCGUGUACUUCACCUCCGUGUUCAGCGCGUGGUUUGGACUCAUCAUCUUUGUGUGCAUGAGCCUCUACUUGACUCUCACCAUCUUCAUCACCGAGUGGAGGACCAAGUACCGGCGGGACAUGAACACGCGGGACAACGAGGCCAAGUCCCGUGCUGUGGACUCGCUGCUCAACUUCGAGACAGUGAAGUACUACAACGCGGAGAGCUACGAGGUGAACCGCUUCAACGACGCCAUUGUCAAGUACCAGCUUUCCGAGUGGAAGGUCAGUGCCUCGCUGGGCCUUCUCAACCAGACCCAGAACCUGGUCAUCGGGCUGGGGCUUCUGGCAGGGUCCCUACUCUGUGCCUUCUUUGUCACUGAGGGGAAGCUGCAGGUAGGGGAUUUUGUCCUUUUUGGCACCUACAUCAUCCAGCUCUACACACCGCUCAACUGGUUUGGCACCUACUACAGGAUGAUCCAGAACUCCUUUGUGGACAUGGAGAACAUGUUUGAGCUCUUCCACGAGGAGCAAGAGGUGAAGGAUGCAGUGAAUGCCAAGGAGCUGCACCUGGAGGCUGGGCGCAUCGAGUUUGAGAAUGUGCACUUCAGUUAUAUCGAUGGGAAGGAAAUCCUGCAGGACAUCUCCUUCUCUGUGAUGCCUGGGCAGACCCUGGCCCUGGUUGGGCCUUCGGGCUCGGGGAAGAGCACCAUUAUCCGCCUGCUCUUCCGCUUCUACGACGUGCGGGGUGGCUGCAUCCGCAUCGACAGGCAGGACAUCUCCCAGGUGAAGCAGGCGUCACUGCGUGCCCACAUCGGGGUGGUGCCCCAGGACACCGUGCUCUUCAACGACACCAUCGCCAACAACAUCCGCUAUGGGCGGGUGCAGGCCACUGACGAGGAGGUGCAGGAGGCGGCGCGGGCUGCCGACAUCCACGACCGCAUCCUCUCCUUUCCUGAUGGGUACAGCACCCAGGUGGGGGAGCGGGGGCUGAAGCUGAGCGGGGAGAAACAGCGUGUGGCUAUUGCCCGCACCAUCCUGAAAGGCCCCCGCAUCAUCCUUCUGGACGAGGCCACUUCUGCGCUGGACACAGAGACCGAGAGGAACAUCCAGGCCUCCUUGGCCAAGGUCUGCGCCCAGCGCACCAGCAUUGUUGUGGCACACAGGCUCUCCACCAUUGUGGGCGCAGACCAGAUCCUGGUGCUCAAGGAUGGGCGCAUUGCCGAACGCGGAAGGCACGAGGAGCUUCUGCAGAAGGGCGGUGUGUACGCCAGCAUGUGGCUGCAGCAGCAGGUGGGGGAUGAGGGCGAGAGCAAGGAGCAGCACACCGAGAAACCCCCCAGCAGCAAGAAGGAGCUGUGAGCGCAACUGGGGGCUCUGCUAUGGCACUGACCAAGGGGUGGGCACCCAUGAUGCUGAGACCCCGCUGCUGGCUGCGGCUACCUGUGUGUGCUGGGAGCUGCAGGGCCCAGCCUGGACACUCCGUUUGUACCUGUUUGUUCUGCUGUGGUGUAGUUUCUUAAACCAGGUCCUUCCCA